CUUUUCCCCCCCGUCCUCCCCCCUCUGCAUCCUUUAACUGCACGAACAAGCCAAAGAGAUCAUGAUAGCUGCUUCCUCCUCUUCGCUCUUGUGCUCCUCAUCGCCUAGCUUCCUUGGCACCACCAUCACUCUCGACUCUCCUCCUCCUCCUUUCUCUUGCGUUAGAUUCCGGUCUCCUCGUUUCUCCGCUGCUUACACCUCUUCCGCAGAAAGGACUAGGCCUCCGCGACUCUCUUCUACCAAGAUGGCUUCCUCUGCGUCGUUUUACGAGAUGCUCGGUUUACCCAUGGGCGCCACUUAUCAGGAGAUCAAGACCGCUUAUCGGAGAUUAGCGCGUGUUUGUCAUCCCGAUGUCGUCGCCGUCGAUCGAAAGAAUACUUCCGCCGAUGAGUUCAUGAAGAUCCACGCUGCCUAUUCUACUCUAUCCGAUCCCGAAAAACGUGCUGAUUACGAUCGCAAACUCUUUUUCAGUACGCAACAACGGCCAUUUAGAUCUCCGUCUUCCACCUCAGCAUCCACGGCCUCGGCUGGGGCUUCCUCUAUGUCAGGAUUCUCCGGCUUCUCUCGCCGUACUUGGGAGACCGAUCAGUGCUGGUAGGGAAAUGCAUCGGCUCGCUCGAUGAUUUUCGUCUUCGCCUAAACUGAUCGACAAGAUUAUUUUGAGAAGAAGGAGACUUGAGGAAAAAAUAAAAAACAAUCUUGAGUGCUAGGUCUCUGUACAUUGAGCUCUGGAUGCCAGAGUCAUAGUGAUUGGACCCGGGGCUAACAUGCGCUGGGAGUGGAGGUCUCCUCUAAUACGGGGCCUCCGCUCCGUGCGGUCUGACCGCAAUCGUGUAUCAUAUUCUGAUAUUCUUCUCCUGAUUCCGGGUUAUGUAUAUGUAGAUGAACAUGAACUUGGACACACCAUACCCGGAAAUUUCGUCCCGAGUCCUGACAAUCUGAUUAAGUGCGAAAAAUAGAAAAAGAAAACUGUUAGCUAUAUGGCGCCCCUUUUUCAGGCGCAAGUUAGCACGGAUAUUUACAAACAUCUCCUGGCUGGGCUUUCGAGUUCCAGGCAAGGAUCACUGUGAAUAGAAUUGUCAUAACUACGUUUUGCAAAAAAAAAAAAAAAUAUGGAUUGUUAAUUUGUUUGUCUGUUUGAUUUCCCACUUCUUUACUUUUUUGUUUUUAAAAUUCUUUGUUUUAUCUGGAGCUAAGAUGUAAAACCUGUGAAUAAUGGUAAUAUAGAUAGAUAAUGGAGAGUAGACCAAAUAUAUACUCGAGAGUAAUUCCUUAUUUAUCGAAAGAAUAUUCUUUUAUCUCUUAUAUGCUUUUUAGGAGUUGAGAUUACUCGUUUAAGAAAACAAACUGAGUUCUGAAAAACAAAUGGAGGGACGGACGGAGGACGAAGGAUGAUGAAAGGAAUACGAGCAAGACAUCAAGAGAGAGAUUGGUAAUGGUAGUGGAGCAGCACAAAACAUCUUAAAUUCAAAGUCAACUUAGGAAAAAUAGAAAUUUGAAGGGAAAAAGCAUAAUCGGUGGCUGGGUGUCCACUAAAAACAAGAAAGAAAA